AUGGAAAACACCAACCACUAUCCUCAUUUCCUCAUCAUCACACUCAUCUUCUUCACAACCUUCACACCAUGCACUAGCUCCACAACCACCACCAACACCACACCAUCAUCAGCAACACCAUCUCCACCAUUGCCAACUCAAGAACUAAACAACAUUCUUGACGCACUCAUAGGCUCAGGAGACACAACCAUAACCAAAUGGCUAAGCAUCUUAUCAAUGUCAAACCCAUCACUAAGCCUAACACUCUUCAUCCCUCAACAAACACUCUCACCAUCCUCCACACUAGACCCCUUCACUUUCCCAUACCAUAUCGUCCCACAACGUCUCUCCUUCGCCGACCUCCUCCUCCUCCCUCGCUACUCCCGCCUCCCCACUCUCCUCCCCGGUAAAACCAUCGCCAUCACCGAUAACUCCAUCGGCAACUUCACCAUCGACGAUGUCCUCCUCACUCAUCCUGAUCUUUAUAACACUUCUUCGCUCGCUGUUCAUGGCAUUGAGAGGCUUCUUGAUUACUCUACCUUUGGUGAUGAUGCAUCCAUGAUGCCUAAUUCGCCUAACUUUUUGCCCGUCGGAGAAACAUGGAAGUCGGACGCGUUCUCGGCCGCCGUUAGUAUCUUCUUGUUGGUUAUAUGUUUUGUUCUUCAACAACUCAUCUUCUUUGUGUAA